AUGGCCAACACGGUGUGCGCUCCCGUAAUGAUAACGGUGAGCGGUUGCUACACCUAUGGGAAGAUGCUCGUCUAUUUCGAACGAACCCUAACUUGCGACACACCACCCGCGGGACGCUGCCAUGGCACCAACCUGAUUGCGGCUAACAGUGGACGCAACGCGACCACAUUGCGAUUAGUUAGUGUUGUAGAAUGUGGGUCCAAAACUGUCGCUCGACUUGGAACACGGGCGUGGAAUCCGACCACGCAUUUGCAUGCGCUGACCUGCGGGCACACUUCAUCAGACGUCCGCAACGGCACUGUAAGA